AAGUGCGUGGUACAAAAAUAAAACUCGAAAAAUCCCGGCGUAAACGGAGAAAAUCCAGGUUAUCUGAAUUUUGAGUGUUAUUCAUUUGAGUGCAUGGCACCCACACUUUCAAAAUCUACCGUUAGAUGUAUUAGCGUAUCAUUCAUUGCUGACCACUCUUGCUGAACGCAUCGCCUACACGAAAGUUUUAAACAGCAAAAAUGCCAUUGGAAAAUGGAUGGUUUCGAGAAGAGUGUGACCUGUGGUCCGGUUAUAGCAUGUGCCUUAAAGUAGAUGAAGUGCUUUACCAUGAGAAAUCAAAGUUUCAAGAUAUUAUGGUAUUUAAGAGCAAGAGGUUUGGAAAUGUUCUGGUCUUGGAUGGACUAGUUCAGUGUUCUGAAAAAGAUGAAUUUGCCUACCAGGAAAUGAUUGCAAAUAUUCCAUUAUAUUCACACCCAUCUCCAGAAAAUGUCCUUAUUAUUGGCGGAGGAGAUGGAGGAGUGGUCCGUGAAGUUGUGAAACAUCCUUCAGUCAAGAAAGUUGUAUUGUGCGAAAUUGAUGAGGAAGUUUGUAAUGUCAGCAAAAAAUAUCUUCCUGGAAUGGCUGUUGGUCUGUCUCAUCCCAAGUUAGAAUUAUGUAUUGCCGAUGGUGUUGAAUACCUUGAAAAAUGCGAAGGAAAGUUUGAUGUCAUCAUUACUGAUUCCACAGAUCCUGUUGGGCCGGCUGAGGGUUUAUUUGAACUACGAUUUUAUAAGUUAAUUCACAAAGCAUUAAAACCAGAUGGCAUUAUGUGUAACCAAGGUGAAAAUAUUUGGUUAGAUAAAGAGUUAAUUCAAGAUGUUCUGAAGAAAUGCCGAGCAGUAUUUCCAUGUGUGUCAUAUGCAAACUGUACCCUUGCAACUUAUGCCUGUGGGCAAAUUGGUUUAGUUCUUUGCAGCAACACGAUGAGAGAUUUAUCUAAACCAGUUCGAACUCUGACAGAAGACGAAGUUGAAGCCAAUGAUUACAAAUACUACAACUCAGCUGUCCACAGUGCCUCUUUUGUAUUGCCCAAUUUUGCUCAUAAGGCUUUUGGACUUCCAAUUAAGAGCUAGCUGAAUGUUCUUACCAUUUUUGUCGUGUG